GUUGUGUGCAUGCUUGUGUGCAUGCGUCUAUUUUUUCUCAAUAAAUAACCAAUUCAAAAAGAGGACUAUUUAAAUCUUGUGCAAGAUUAACCAGCUCAAACUAAUCGUUCACAUAUUUUAUUUGAAGAAAAAAAAUUGUAACAACCAAUAAAGUGAAUUUACGAAAAUGGAAAGUCAGGAUUACAAGCUGAUCCAUGGCACAAUUUUACAUCUCUUUCGACUUGAUUUGGACGAGAACCAGCUUGAAACAAUCGGCAGUAAGCUUCUGAAUCCACGAAUUGAUCUUGCCAAACCCGUGAAUGAGUUCGCGACCUUCUGCGACUAUAUCGCAGGAAAAGCACGCGAGUUUAUAACUUGGGGCGACUUUCAACUUUUUAUGAACAUAUUCCAUUUAUGGUUAAAAGUUGACCAACUUUGCGAAGAAGUAGUCUGCAAAAAGUAUUCGACUGCAGAUUUAAGGCAAAAGCAGUCAGAUCUUCUGUUAAAAUAUGACAAGCUUUUGGAAGGAAACACUACAAAUGAAGAAAUGAAAACAGGAUCAGUUGAGUAUCCAUCGGGACAGAGUGGGGAUAAAAGUUCAAACAGUGGGAAAAGUGUUCACUCAGCAAACUCAAAAAGAAAGUCUUCGACCGUUUAUUCAUCAGCUGAAGAUGAAUUUUUGAUGGUUGAAAAUCACGCGAAAAAUAAGACACAGGAAAAGGAAGAAAAAAACCAUGAUAUGGGUACUGAAGAACGAGACGAAGAAUUGGACGACGGGUACCAUUUUCUGCGUAAAGAGGAUGAAUUAAUAUCCCGACGGGGAGGGUCGAAUCGAGCAGACAAAGUAACCGACCCAGAAUAUGAUUCAUUGCCAACAGUUGACAUUGAAAUCCCAAGGAAUGACCACGAGUCUACAACAUUUCCAGCGUCUAAGGUGGUAGAAAAGGACGAAAAAGCGACACAAGAUCGGGUGCCGUGCAAAAAUUCUAUACAUUACCGUAAAAUGAUUUUUGAACAGUCUCAGCAACCGCCCAUCCUGCCUAAAAAGAACAUAAUCAAAAAAGAAAGCACAAGUAACGGGAAAGAACUACGCAACCUGAUUGAACCAAAACUUCGCUUUUUAUACGAAAAGCAACAACCUCCUAGUUCCCCGAAAUCUAAGAAACUGAGAAACACGGAGGUGGAGAAUCAUUAUGAAAAAACAGAGUCUCCAGAAAGAGCAAAUCAAGGGGCAAGUAGGAAAAUCUUUAUUGAAAAAGCUGAAAAUUGCUUUGUAAUCGACCGAGAGCCGAGCGCAUUGUCAUCAAGCGCAUCAGGGUCGGCAGAUUAUCCGAAACCAAACAGUGACGACUCAGGAACAAAUGAUCAUUCAAUCCCAUCAUCGCCGAUUCAAUUGGAAUUGAGUAAUAAUGAAAUUUUGGCGGAAUACGGCAGUGAAUCAACAGAACAACAAAGCGAUGAGUUCUACGGCACAUAUGCUUGUAGUUCUGGGAAGAACGACAAGGCUUUAAAAGUACGACCAGACGGCCCUGAUGACUGCUACAAUGUCGUUGGAAAUCAAGAACAUUAUGCGGACCCAGAUGAUAACUUAGAAGAGCCACGAGCACAGAACAAAAAUAAAACCGACGCUGCCCCUAAAAAGAAAAACAAAUUGAAUUUCAGAAAAAAAUAACUCUCGUUAAAAAUUAUUUGCUGGAAAACAUUGUCACAUUGAAUCCAGAUGGAACAGACAACUAUUUUAGAGAAAGGACAUUUUAUAUAUCGUAAAUCAAAAAAUUUUGCUGGAAAACAUUGAGAUAAAUUGUAACAAAUCAAAUUCAG